AUGGGAAAUAAGAACUCAACAACUAAUACCUCAUUCAGUAAUGCAAAAUAUGUUAACUCAGUACCUGAUCUCUCCACGAGUGCAACUGCAGAUCGACGUAUGGACAUGCAAAGAAUGCAAAAUGUUCUCCUUAUUUGGUUGGACAACAAUAUCAAUGAAAAUAAUACUGAUUGUACCAAUACAAUCAAGCAAUUAAAACGUGUAGUUAACAACAUAAACACGUUUACUGAUAGUAAUCAAUGUGCUGAAUUUAUUCAAACCAUUACUAACAACAAGAUAUGUAUGAUUGUUUCUGGUUCACUUGGGAAACAUAUUGUGCCUCAUGUGCAUGAUAUGUCUCAAGUGGAUACCAUUUUUAUUUUUUGUAACAAUCCAGAAUCGCAUGAACAAUGGACCAAACAAUGGCCUAAAAUAAAAGGAAUCUUCACAGAGAUAACAUCAAUUUGUGGCGCUCUCAAACUAGCUGCUCAUCAAUGUGAGCAAAAUGCCAUCUCAAUCAGCUUUGUGGCAUCAAACAAGAAAUUGGAUCAAUUAGAUCCAUCAUUCAUGUAUACUCAAAUCUUGAAAGAGAUCCUAUUAACUAUCGACUUCGAAGCUGAACAUAUCAAAGAAUUUAUUACUUAUUGUCGUAAAGCAUUUGUCGAAAAUGAGUAUGAUUUACAAAAUAUUGAAAAACUGGAACAUGACUAUCAUGAUCAAACAUCCAUUUGGUGGUAUACUUAUCAAUAUUUUUUAUAUUCGAUGCUCAAUCAAGCAUUAAGAUCAAUGGAUGUUGAUAUUAUUGUUCGAAUGGGUUUCUUUAUUAAUGAUCUACAUCGUGAUAUUCAACGACUACAUUCGGAACAAUUUGAUGAUCAACAAUCUGGUACAACGUUUACACUUUAUCGUGGGCAAUGUCUUUCAAAAAAAGAUUUCAUCGAAAUGACGAAAACUAAAGGUGGACUUCUUUCAUUUAAUAACUUUUUAUCAACUAGUAGAAAUCGUGAUGUUUCUCUCUGUUUCGCACCACAAGCUGGUACAAGUCCUGAUCUUGUUGGAAUUUUAUUUGUUAUGUUAAUUAAUCCGACUCAUUCAACAACUCCAUUUGCUUCUGUUGGUGGUGUUAGUUAUUUUCAUACAGAAGAUGAAGUUCUCUUUUCUAUGCAUACUAUUUUUCGCAUUGGAGAUAUUAAACCAAUGGAUGAAAAUAAUCAUCUCUAUCAAGUGAAUCUAAUAUUGACCACUGAUAAUGACCAAGAUCUUCGUACUCUUACUGAUCGUAUACGACAAGAAACCUUUCCUGAUUCUAAAGGAUGGUAUAGGUUAGGAUUAUUGCUAAUGAAAAUGGGUCAAUUUACCAAAGCUCAAGAAAUUUAUCAAGUUUUACUUCAUCAAACAACAAAUGAGAGUGACAAGGCACCAAUUUAUUAUCAACUAGGUUGGAUCAAAUGUAAUCAAGGAGAAUACCAAGAAGCACUUUUAUCUCAUGAAAAAGCUCUUAUAAUUCGACAACAACUACUUCCUUCCGAUCAUCCUGAUUUGGGAGAUUCCUACAACAAAAUUGGUGGAGUGUGUUUCAGCAUAGGUAAUAAUUCAAAAGCACUUUCUUAUUAUGAAAAAGCUCUUACGAUACGACAACAAUCACUUCCUUUCAACCAUCCUGAUUUGGGUUCUUCCUAUAACAAUAUCGGUAAUAUGUAUUACAGUAUGGGUGAUUAUCCAAAAGCACUUUCUUACUAUGAAAAAGAUCUUGCAAUUGGACAGCAGUCACUUCCUCCCAAUCAUCCUGAUUUGGCUAUGUCCUACAAUAACAUCGGUAGUGUGUAUGAUAGUAUGGGCGAUUAUCCUAAAGCACUUUCUAAUUAUGAAAAAGCUCUUACGAUACGACAACAAUCACUUCCUUUCAAUCAUCCUGAUUUGAGUUCUUCCUACAACAAUAUCGGUAAUUUGUAUUACAACAUGGGUGAUUAUCCAAAAGCACUUUCAUCUCAUAAAAAAGCCCUUGCAAUCGAACAGCAAUCAUUUCCUACUAAUCAUCCUGAUUUGGCUAAGUCCUAUAACAAUAUUGGUAUUAUGUAUAAAAUCAUGAGUGAUUAUCCAAAAGCACUUUCAUCUCAUGAAAAAGCCCUUGAAAUUCAACAACAACUACUUUCUUCCGAUCAUCCUGAUUUGGCAAUGUCCUAUAACAACAUCGGUAGUGUGUAUGAUAGCAUGGGUAAUUAUCCUAAAGCACUUUCAUCUCAUAAAAGAGCCCUUACAAUUCGACAACAAUCACUUCCCUCCAAUCACCCCGAUUCGGCUAAGUCUUAUAUCAGCAUCGGUAAUGUGUAUUACAGCAUGGUUGAUUAUUCAAAAGCACUUUCUAAUUAUGAAAAGGCCCUUAGAAUUCAGCAACAGUCACUUCCUUCCAAUCAUCCUGAUUCGGCUAAGUCCUGUGGUAGUAUCGGUAAUGUGUAUUACUGCAUGGGUGAUUAUUCAAAAGCACUUCUUAAUUAUGAAAAAGCCCUUGCAAUUCAACAACAGGCACUUCCUUUCAAUCAUUCCGAUAUAGCUAUUUCCUAUAACAAUAUGGGUUUAUUGUAUGAGAAUAUGGGCAACUAUCUAAAAGCUCAUUCAUUUUACGAGCGUGCUGUACAAAUUGGACAACAUUCAUUACCAUCAAAUCAUCCUUAUCGUCAAAUAUAUAGGAAAAGGCUCGAAGACAUGAAACAGAAAUUAUAA